GCUAAAAAGUUAGAGGCGAAGAAAAAUGAUAAGAAAAGAAAAAUUAAUGACAUUAUAAAUGAGAUGAAUGAACAAAAACUUGACAAUACUUUGAAUCUUAUAACAAAGCUGCCAGAAUCGAGCAAAGAACAAAUUAAUUUAAUUUCUUCAGUUCAACAAUUAUCUGGGAAAGAAAACAAAUCCACAUAUCAAGAAUUACAAAUAUCCAAUACAAAACUAAAGAUUGAUUGCAGAAAACUUCAUCGGCAAAAUCAAACUUUAAUUAGAAAAACACAAUCUCUUGGGGUACAAAAUAUGCAUUUUUGCAACCAAAAUGCAAAUCGUAUAUCUAAAAUUCAAUCAUUGGUUCAUCACACAGAUACAACUUUUCAGAAGCAAUUAAAAUCUAUUUUUCAAAUAAAUAAACGAGAAUACACAACCAAUGCUGUUUGGCUUGCAACUAUUAGAGAGCCAUCACAAAAUUGGUUAACAGUAUCAACAUUGUGUACUUGGCAUCAAGACAUUUCUAAAUUACAUAUUGAUACUCAAAUCCAUCAGGCAAUUAAUGCUCCAUCAUUUGGAAUCUUAGUUGAUGAAUCAACACGAGGUGAAGCAAAAAACUUUUUUUUAUGCUAUCAACUUUGGAAUCAAAAGGAUCAAAUACCAGUUUUAAAUGUAGCUCAUCUUGAAGAUAUUUCUAAUUGUAAUGUGAAUACUUUAUCUGAUAUAUUAUAA